AUGUUGAUUGUUGGUCUUACUGGCGGUAUUGCCCUGGGCAAGUCCACCGUUUCGAAAGAGCUUUCGCUGACUCACCAGAUACCCAUCAUCGACGCCGACCUCAUUGCUCGUCAAGUGGUCGAGCCAGGCAAGCCCGCCUACAAUAAAAUCACCACUGAGUUUGCCGAUGUCCCCGAUCUAUUACUUGAAAACGGAGAAUUAAACCGACCAGCUCUCGGCCGAGCCGUAUUUGGCAACAAGCAGCGACUCGCAGUGCUCAAUGGCAUCACCCAUCCCGCAGUCCGCCAGGAGAUCUUCUGGCAGCUCAUUGAUAACUACGUGAGAGUAAAGCCAGUGGUGGUGUUGGACGUGCCCCUCUUGUUUGAAGCUGGUCUCGAUAAGAUCUGUGGCGUCACCAUCAGCGUGCUGACCUCGGCCGAGGUGCAAAAAGCCCGGCUUCAGCAGCGUAACCCUGAGCUUUCCGAGAGUGAAGUGGAUAAACGGAUUGCCAGUCAGAUGCCGAUGGCCGAGCGUAAUGCUAAAGCCGAUAUCGUCAUUGAUAAUAAUGGUAGCGUUGACCAAUUAAAGCAAACGAUAGCGACUACUAUCGAGAAGAUUACUCCCCUGUUUUGGUGGACAUUAUUCAUGUUGACUCCCUUCGGCUGGGGGUGGGGCCUUAUCAGUCAAGUCUGGAGAGCUGCCCUUAAGCCAACCCCGGUUAAGCGCAAAACUCAAUAA